AUGAAAACAAUAUUGAGAUGUACUAGUAUCGGUCACAAUGGCCAUGCUGAAGCGUCCACGUUUAAGAGGCGACGACGAUUGCCGCUGCAUGCCAAUCGUCGAGCCCAUUCGCUUCUUUUCCUGUUGGCGCUUGCCUUCUGUUCGAGCUCCCACGCGUUUACUCAUCAAGCAAAGCAACAACGACAACAAACGAAGGUUUCAGCAGUUCAACUUGACGACCGAAAGACCAGGCAAAGAACGCCGUUGGAGCAGCAGCAACAGAAAGGUCAAGAAUCAACUGCUUCCCAGCUAGAUGAGCUCUUUCAGCGAAGUGCCAACGUCAAAGUUCUUUCCGAAGAACUGGAUAUUGCUGACCGAAUCGAGAUUCACUGUCAUACUGAUGAGGGGGAGAAUUCUGACUCUGACGCAGAUGAAGAGCCGUCUGAGGCUGACACAAAGUCGGAAACUGAGAGUGAUACCAACAGCAGCAGUGAAAAACAAGCAAAGGACGAUGAUUUAGAAGAAAUUCAGAAACGGCGAAAGCUGGCGGCGAGGGCUGCCUUGUUGGGCAGGUCACCAACAGCACCCAAGACUCGAAAGCCAGGGGCUACUACAAAUCGCAAAGCGUACAAAUCAUCCACUUCAGUUGGUGAACGCCGCAUUGGAAGCACCUCUAAAGCUAGACAAGGGCCUGACGUCACCAAAAAAAUCAUGGAUGCGGUUAGAAAAUCUGCCAGUUCCAACACUUCCAACGAUGGCAACAACGAACUCGAUACCCCCCCCUCCAAGGAUACACCGUCAGCCUCAAUAGCGACGAAAAGAAAGUUGUCACCCUCGAGAUUGCAUGAGCGAGUCUUGGAGUUGAUGGCACCGUUUCCGCAGAGACCAGAGCAACCAGUAUUUCAGAGCAAACCUCCGCCGGGCAGCAUCCUGAUUCCGUCUUCGCCCAAAGUCACACACAGGGAUUCAAACAAACUGCAGUUUCCAGAAUGCCUUACUGUGAGGGUGGCGACGCCUCGAUCUGACACAGAAGUGGCAAAUCUACGUCUAUCGGUCUUUUCGGAUUUUACUCCCGACGUUCGACGGCAAUUGGUAUCGAGGUCCGUUAGAGCCGUCGUGACACGACGAAGUCUGGGUGCUACUUGUUUGAUCGCCACAGUGCCGCCCAGCUUGUCAGCACGCAAGCGAAACAGACCACCCGUCAUUUUGGGAAGUGCCGAGUGCAGUUUUCAUGAGUUUGAUUCCACCACAUUAGGACGAUGCCGACCCGUGGGGUCGAUUUUGUACGUCACCGAAGUGGCAGUCAGUCCUAACGCCCGCAGACGAGGUAUUGGAGCGAAACUCAUCGAGGCAAUAGAUGUUCUGGCAAAUACACGUGGAAUUGAGACCCUGUAUCUUCACGUGGAUGUAGAAAACGAGGGGGCUCUUUCACUAUAUCAGAAGGCCGGAUUCCGAAAAGUUGAUCGGUCAGACCCCAUGUUUCUAGAAUUCACAACUAAACUCAAUCUGCACGACGGUGCAACCAAAGGGCGCAACCAUUUCCUCCUGUACAAAGACCUGGUUGAAUGUCCCACUUGGCUUGCUCAACCACCAACGACUGUACCGGUAGCAGAGGUACAUCCUGUAUCCACCAAUUUUUCUCGACCACCACCAGGCGGUACGCUGGGCUUUGAGGUGCUUUGUUAG